AUGUGUAUAACAAUUGAACCUGGAUGCUAUUUUAUUGAUACGUUAUUGGACAAAGCCUUUGCUGACCCAGAAUUGUCAAAAUAUUUGGUAAAAGAAAAAAUUGAGGAAUUUAGAGGAUUUGGAGGGGUCAGAAUUGAAGACGAUAUAAUUAUUUUGGCAAAUGGGAAUUUAAAUAUGAAUGCAGAAUUGCCUAGAACUGUAGAGGAAAUUGAAGAAUUUAUGUCCUUAAAUAACAAAAAUUGUUGUGGAAAACAAUAA